AUGGUCGAUAGCCUGUGGGCUACCAUGACUGUUGUCCUAUUCUUCAUCAACCUGUCAAGAGCUUGCUGCACGACACGCUCAGAUUCCACAUCAAGAGCACUUGUGGCCUCGUCCAAAAGCAAGAUCGAAGGGUUUUUCAAGAUGGCACGUGCAAUGGCUACUCUUUGCUUCUGGCCGCCCGACAGCUGGACUCCACACCCUUCUACCCUUGGAACUUCUUCACCAACAUCAUUCAAAAUCUCAGACUUGCGGUCGAGCACUUCGAAAACAGAUGCCACCAUUUGGUUACCCUUUAGGAGAUCAGGUGCCAUGGCUAGCGUCUCACCCAUGGCUAAGGCUGUCACUAUCAGUACCAUAAACGACUUCAUAACUGAUUUAAAGCCAGCGAGCUCCCUUGCCAUGAGAAGUUAUCAAUAUUCUAAAUACAAUGGCCUAGUAAGAACUCAGCUGCCCAAUUUACUUUUGGUAAAUGAUCUUAAAAAAUUUGGUGUAAAGCAACAUACCAUAAGGCGAGACCAAUGCUGCCACUGUUCGGAUGUUACUCACAGCCUCACCAGCAAGCAUGUUAGCUUUGAGAUAUGCUUUGUUCAAGUCAAUGCCAUAACCUUUCAUGAAAAGUUUCUGCAAAAACACCACACAGAAGCAGAUCACCAAAAUUAA